AUGACUCGAUAAAUUCUAUGCUUAGAUAUUAUAAUGUCUUAACUAAUUAUAGGGAAUUAAUUACUAAACAGUCAAAAUCGAUAACAUAAAUACAAUGCUUUUAUAAUUGAACUCAAUAUAGAUUUAGUAUACUAAGGAUAGGAAUUUUUUGAAUCACAUUAUUAAAUACUUGAUAUGAUUAAAUAGAAAGAAUAGGUGCUAAAAGAACUCAAACUAUUUUGGAAAAAAACCUAAACUAAUGUAAACUAGUAAAUAGCGUAGAAAUUAUUAGAUGAAGUUACAUGA